UUUUUUAAUGAUGUGAGGGGGGAAAACUGAGUAAAGAAGAGUUCAUUAAUUGUUGUGGAAGAAAAAGAAUAUAUGAGUGAUUUUUUUCUAUUUUUAAAAUUAGUAAUAGAACUGAAGGUGUUACUUUUUUGGAGGGAAAAUCGAAGCAAUGGUUAGUGUGUCUCAAAAAAACAAAAACAACCAAACUCAGUACUGAGAGAAAUAACGCUGGGACUUUCAUAGAUAUCCCUACUUUAAGUGCACUUAUGCAGUAACUAGAAGAUUUAGAAACUUUAUUGUGUUGCUACAACUACUGAACUCUUCAAAGAUGAUGUUGGCAGAGCAAGCCCAGACGUGGUUCCCAACCCACGUACAGGUUACAGUUCUUCAAGCCAAAGAUCUGAAGCCAAAAGGCAAAAAUGGCACCAAUGAUACCUACACUAUCAUACAACUGGGCAAGGAAAAAUACUCCACCUCGGUGGCUGAGAAGACCUUAGAACCAGUCUGGAAAGAAGAGGCAUCAUUUGAGCUCCCUGGAUUACUGAUGCAGGGGAAUCCAGAGAAAUACAUUCUUUACCUGAUUGUCAUGCACAGGUCGCUGGUGGGCCUGGAUAAAUUUUUGGGACAGGUGGCAAUAAAUCUUAAUGAUAUAUUUGAGGACAAGCAACGAAGAAAAACAGAGUGGUUUAGCCUAGAGUCAAAACAAGGAAAAAGAACUAAAGACAGAGGAGAAAUAAAGGUUAAUAUUCAAUUUAUGAGGAAUAAUAUGACAGCAAGCAUGUUUGAUCUGUCAAUGAAGGACAAAACAAAAUCUCCUUUUGCUAAACUGAAAGACAAAAUGAAAGGUCGAAAGAAUGAUGGGACACUUUCGGAUACAUCCUCUGCUAUCAUUCUGAGUUCUCACAUACCUGAUGCGAACAUUGAAAUGUCCAGUAAUGAAAUGCACAUGAAAUCAAAACCAAAAAAACCUUUUCUUUUGGGACCUCAACGAUUAUCUUCAGCUCAUUCAAUGUCUGAUUUAACUGGAUCACAUGUGUCUUCAGAAAAAAUGAAAUCCAGCACAAUUGGCCAUUCACACCUUUUCAGACGUCAGUUAGAACCUUUUAGUUCUGUUGAUGAAAGUGGAAAUCUAAAAUCUCCACAUAGAAGGACAUCAAGUGCUGAUACUUCUAAAAUGAACCAGAUUGACAAUACAGCUGAUAAAAGUGAAUCAGCAUCUCAAGCACAAAAUGACCCAUUUACAAAUGUGAGUGCUUCAUUGCCCCAAAAGUUUGCUACGCUGCCAAGACAGAAAAAUCCAUUUGAAGAAAGCCCUGCAUCAUGGGACCAAAACAUAAGUCUAUUUUCCAAGCCUGUUGAAAUAAAAAAAGAAAUAAAAAAAGAGAAAAAGGAAAAAGUUAGCCUUUUUGAACGAGUGACUGGAAAAAAAGAUAUCAAGAAGUUGGAUAAACUUAGCAAUGGGGGAUCAGACAGUUCCACUGACUUGAGAUCACCUAGUGCAUUUGGUGAAAGUCAUAAGGACAAUUUUGAUUAUGACUCACGUAAUCCAUUUACAGUGAACUUCAAGGCCACAAACAUGUUGCCAACAUCUAGUUUUAAUAUGAAAUCUGCAACCAUUGAAGACCACAGGAAAACAAGGGAUGGAAAUCCUUUUGAUGCCACUGCAGGGUACCGUAAUCUAACAUAUGAAGAAGUCUUGCAGGAACUGGUGAAACAUAAAGAACAACUUAAGAAGAAAGACACCCAUAUACGUGAACUUGAGGACUACAUUGAUAAUCUUCUUGUACGAGUAAUGGAGGAAACGCCUAGUAUUCUCAGAGUGCCAUAUGAACCUUCUCGAAGAGCUGGCAAAUUUUCCAAAAACUAAGGCAAAAACACUUGAUGGUUCUUUUUAUUGAAUGUGGUAGUGCAAGUACGUUGCACUACACAUUUUGAUUUCUUAAUGUUCUAUUUUCCAC